AUGGCUUGUUUAUCAGGAGGAUCGGGAUCGGGUGUGAUGUGUUUGUCUGAAACUUAUUUGAAGAAGAAGAUUAAUGAUUUAUCAUCGCCUUCUUCUUCCUCUUUGUGCCUGAGAUCGGACAAUAAUAAUAAGAAUAGGAUGAUAAAAUGUGGGACGAAAAGUGGUGGGGUGCAGGGGAAGUUCAAAGGGACGCAGAUGAGGGAGAAGCAACUGACGGAGAUGAUUGAGAAGAAAGUGAUGGAAGCAAAGCAAGUGUGCGAGGGAGAUCCCAUCGCCGACGAGUGCAAGGUCGCCUGGGACGAGGUGGAGGAGGUCAGCCAAGCCAAGGCCGAUCUCAGGCUCAAAUUGGAGACCAACAAAGAUCCUCUCGAGUCCUUCUGUCAAGACAACCCUGAAACCGACGAGUGCCGGAUCUACGAGGAUUAA